GCGAAUUCUGGGGACGACGGGAAGAAGCCCCCUGUGCCGCGCACAUACCUGAAGAGUUGGGAGACGAUCCCGAAGUCUUUCCUGAACGCAUACGGCCGUGGGAAAUUCGACGUGAUGCCCACCCACGAACUCUGGGGUUUGUGCAACGUGAAGCAAAAGACGGGUGCUGUCUACGCCACAGAGUUAGCCAGCGAGCAUGAUGAAAGGCGCGGGGUCGGCGUGAAUCGCUGGCUGCAGAGCCAGGUACAGUUCCUCGAGUACCUCAAGGGCGAGCGUGUGCAGGUGGAGGCGUGCAUGAAACCAGACAUCGUGCGCCUGCUGUGCCAGGAGAUCGACAAGGUCCUUCCGGCGAUGAAGAAGAUCCUGGCGCCGAAAAAGGAGCACCGCAAAGACGGGAUCGACCAGCUCCGGAGCGCCGUGGUGGCGGCCGCGGAGACAGUGGGUGUCGAUGACCUCAACACGAAUGCGAAGAUCGUCUGGGAGUACAUCAACCCCGCCCAGGUCAACAUUGUCAGGGCUACCCAGUUUCUCUUCAGCGGAGGGGGGAGCUCCCACGUGGCGUCGUCGCACCACCGCGCCAUGCUGGGCUUCGCGCUUCACGGUAAUGCUCUCCACAACGACCGCUCAGGGGACGCCGUGACGCUCGAGCAGUUCCAAGCGGCUGUGCGGGCUCGCCACGCCCAGGGACCCGUCGACGAGGAGGAGCCCCCCCACAAGAAGAUCAAGCCGGGCACGGCGGUUGCGGCGGGCUUUCAGUGA